AUGCAAAUUGCUCUUAUUCGUCUCAUGACUCGAGAUAAAUAUACGCUUCAAUCGUUUACCAAUUUUCCAUUAUUCUCUCGAUCAUUGCGUGAUUUUUGGGGUCGACGAUAUAAUUUACAAGUUGGUACAGUACUCAAGGAAUCUAUAUUUCAACCUCUUAGUUUAUAUAUAUCUUCACGGAUGAUCAUAGCUUUAAUAACGUUUAUUGUCAGUGGCCUUUUUCAUGUUCAUAUUGUUCUUGCCGUCUUCGAUGAUACAUCAUCAGCCUUGUCUACAUUUCUCUUUUUUAUUCUAAAUGGCAUUGUUUGUUGUAUAGAAGCGUACAUGGGCAUUCAAUUACCGCAACCAUUUGGAUCAUUGAUAACACAUGUCUUUCUUCUCCUAACAGCAUCAAUGUGUAUUGGACACUGUACACGAGAGGCUACAUAUUUUUCUGUGAAUGUACCACCGUUAUAUGGUAAUCAAUGGAUUCCAAAACUACCUAUACCUAGUAUUUGUCCAAAAUGA